AUGAGCGAUCGCCUUCCUGGACGAUCGCCGCUUCCCCCUUCAGUGAUCCUUGAAGCUCACGGUCUCGCUUAUGAGGUUGAGAGCACUUUUACCGGAGAGUUGCGGCUGCCGGCCUCCUACAGGGGCCGAGGGGAGGGGAGGAGGAAACAGAAAGAAACAGGGGCUACAGCAGGUAUACCUCCUUGCUGGGUGCCCUUGAAGCUCGACAGAGAUCUUCCAGGAUCAGCAAGCACCGCCGCCGACACUCGACGCUUGCAGCUCACCGUCCCGCUAGUACGCGCCCUAACUAAUUCCUUUCGAGGGGACGAGCAUGGAGGUUUGGUCGCUGCAUUUAUGAUGGAGAUAGAUUUCUCCCUUAAUGAAGAGUUAGAGCACAUGGAUGACGAGAUCAAUGUCAACGCGUUUGAAACGGAGUUAUCUGGGCCAGAAACAUAUUGCAAUGAUCCAAUUGCUCGUAGCUUUUUUAAUAUUAUUGUCUGUAAUGAGGAAGAGGCUUACAAACAUUAUUGUGCUUAUGCAUAUUAUGUUGGUUUCACUGUACGCAAGGACCGCACAACUUAUUGGGCAAAAUCCAAACAAAUUAAGUCGAAGGAUUAUAUUUGUGGAAAAUCAGGUCAUAAAAGAGAAUCGCAGCUAGCCACUACUGUGAAGUAUAGAAAAGCGGAUACAAGGACUAGUUGUCAAGUAAUGGUUCGCCAUGCUAUUGAUCUUGAUGGCAACUGGACCAUAAAGAAAUUUGUUGAAAGUCAUAACCACCCCUUGGCGGAAUCCGGUGACAAGCACCUUCUACGUUCCAAUCAGAGGAUUAGCGAGUUAAAUGCAAAUUUGUUGAGAUCAAUUACAGGUUCUGGGAAUAGAGCAGUGGAUGCAUUUAAUUUCCUUGCUAUAGAGGUUGGUGGAGUUAAAAACUUGGAGUGUACGAGGCAAGAUGCAUACAACUUCAUUCAAAUGGAUAAAAGAAGUAGAAUUGAACUGGGUGAUGUCAACUCUCUCUUACAAUUAUUCACGGAGUGCCAAAAUGAAGAUAACAUGUUUGCAUGGGAUUUUCAAAGUGAUGAGGAGGGCAGACUUACAAGCUUUUUCUGGAGUGAUGGGUCUUGCAGACUAGAUUAUGACUGUUUUGGAGAUGUCAUCAUUUUCGACACUAGCUACCAUUUGAAUAAGUAUAAUUUAUGUUGUGCUCCUUUCGUAUGGAUUAACCACCAUCGGCAAAAUGUUCUAUUCGGAGUUGGUUUUUUAUCUGAUGAGAUGAUAAAAUCCUUCAAGUGGUUAUUCAAAACCUUCAUUUGUAUAAUGGAUGAUAAGCAUCCAAUUACAAUGUUUACAGAUCGGGAUCAAGCGAUGACAAGAGUCAUUGCAUAUUGUUUUCCAUUCACAAGACAGAUUAUGUCAAUGACAUAUCUAUAA